GCGGUCACACUAUCUUAUGGAGAAAAAUUUUAUUUUAAGGAGAAACUGAAACACAGUGGCAACAUCGUAAAUAAAAGGAAAUAGUAGGGUUAGUUAUGGAAGUGAAAAGAAACCGACUUUGAAUCUGGUUUCGUCCCUACAAAGAAAAACCAGAGAUUAAAUACCUAUUGAAGAAACAGCGAUACGAACACACAGCAAUCUAAUCUAUCUAUCUAUAUUGCUGUUCAUUGCUUCCACCAAUUCAUAAGCCAUCGAUUAAAGUACUCAAAACAUAAAUAAAUUAAUCAUCACCAUCAUCAACAUCAACAACAGUAGAUUUUGUUAUGUAAAUGCAUCAGAAGAAAUCCGAUAAUCAGAUCACCAAAGAAAGCAGAGGCAUCUCUUCCGAUUUCAAUCCAACCCCACUUCUUCUUUUCUCCUCCAUACCCCAAAAACACAUCCGAACCCAUUACCAAACUCAGUUUGGCCAACAAAUCUCUCCAUACUUGCUCUCCAAGCAAACCCAACAACGCCAACCUAAAACCCAUCACUCCAAAUCACCAACCCCACCACCAAAGCUCGCAACCCACCAUAACCAUAUCCCUUCUCAACUUCAUGAACAGCCCAUCUCAGGAAACCCCUCAGCUCCCCCAACAAGGCCUAUGAUGGCCCCGACUCCUUCCUCUCUUUCCCACUCUCCCACUUUUUCCUCUCUUCGCCAUUCUGCUCAAAAUCCACCUUCUUCUUCUUCGCCUUCGCCUUUCUGCCUCUGCUCUGCUUCGUUUGGAGUCAUUCCUUUCGCUACAAGAUCACUGGCUUUGAGAAUUGUUCGCCAUUUCAGGUGUGCCCAAUUGCUUCGGGUCCACUUUCGCUUGCUUAUACUCCUCUCUUUGCCUUCAGUUUACUUCAUAAUUUCGAAUCCUUUCCGCUCUUUCGUCCUCGAUUUCCUCUUCCUGCUUGCUUUAUCGGCUGCCCUUUUGGUUUCUGUCAAUCUCGCGCUCCCACGCCUUCUCUCAAUUCGAUUGUUCCUCACUCGCUCUUUAUUGCCAACUAAAGCUUGUUCGCCUUCUUGUGCCUCAAACCCCCCUCCGCCGGUUCUAUGGUCAAUUGGGUCGAAUCCCAAAUCGGAGAAGAGAAUAAUUUCAGGGUCUUGGGUCAAAGUUUACACUAAUGGGGAUGUUUACGAAGGUGAGUUCCAUAAGGGUAAAUGCUCUGGUAGUGGGGUUUAUUAUUACAACUUGAGUGGGAGGUAUGAGGGGGAUUGGAUUGAUGAGAAGUAUGAUGGUUAUGGAGUUGAGACUUGGGCGAAAGGUAGUCGGUAUCGCGGUCAGUAUAGGCAAGGUUUAAGGCAUGGAAUUGGGGUUUAUAGGUUCUUCACGGGGGAUGUUUGUGCUGGAGAGUGGUCUAAUGGGCAGUGUCAUGGCUGUGGAGUUCAUACUUGUGAGGACGGUAGCAAGUACAUCGGGGAAUUCAAGUGGGGUGUUAAGCAUGGACUCGGUCACUAUCAUUUCAGAAAUGGGGAUACGUAUGCUGGUGAAUAUUUUGCAGACAAGAUGCAUGGUUUUGGAGUCUAUCAAUUUGCAAACGGACAUAGUUAUGAAGGUGCCUGGCAUGAAGGUAGAAGGCAAGGCCUUGGCAUAUACACAUUCAGAAACGGUGAAAAACAAUCUGGCCAUUGGCAAAAUGGGUUUCUUGAUAUUAUUAGCAUGCAACAUACACAUCCCGACUCUCCUCGCACCAUCAGUCACGCCAGGGUUCUCAAUGCAGUGCAGGAAGCACAGCGAGCAGCUGAGAGGGCGCAUAAUGUUGCGAAAAUUGAUGAGAGAGUGAAUAGAGCGGUAGCUGCGGCUAAUAGAGCAGCAAAUGCAGCAAGAGUUGCUGCUGUAAAAGCCGUCCAAAACCAAAUGUACUAUGAUAACGGAGAAGAAUCUCCAUCCCAAUUUGUCUGAUUUGAAAUCAUCACUCGGAACGGAAUGCCUUUGCUGGAUCAUUUUGCACUUCAGCAUACAAGGCAAUGGAAGGUCAAGGGAAGCCACAUUAAUGGUUUCUUUUGUCUUGUUUAGAUCUUUUCUUUUUCUUUUUUUUACUUAAUUUUCAAAUGUGAGGGACCUGCUUGGAACCACAAUGUUUGUCAUUUAUUUUGGAUGACUGGUUGAGGAGCAUGCGGGUUUCUCUCUCUGUUUUGUUUCAUUUUGACAUGAAAUCAAACAAUAUGUACAUAUCAUGUGCCCAAGUUUAAAGUUAAGAGCGAUGUUGGCACUAAGUGCCUGAGUUAGCCCCAGCUUUUGAUAAAUAUACUUUUGCCUUUUCAUGUAAA